AUGCCCGCCGCCGGACGUGUCGCGUGUAUCUUCACGCCGAUGCUAUUCACCCUUGCGUCAUUCGUCUGCUUGAUCCUCAUCCAAUUAUCCGGCUGGUCGUCACCCAACCUGAACGGAUACUACUUCGCCCAGGCCAAUUUCACCAACCUCGACAUCGCCAAAGCAUCCAAGCUGGCCAAUUCGACCGAGUUGACUGCCGCCUUGACCUACGCCAAAGAGAAGAAGGUCAUUGCGCCGCUCUACCAGAUUCACUUGUGGAAUUACUGCACUGCCUCCAAGGGUGACAAGGCCAGCAACCCAGAUGGCAAUACCGAUUUCUGUACCGAGAAGCAGAUGGGCUUCAUCUUCGACCCUCUCGAUGUCUGGCAGCUCAAUGCGACCAACUCCACCACCGGCUCUCAAGCCCCUAUUGGCAACAACGACGCAUACCGAACUGUGGCAAAGUGGAUGUUUAUCGCCUACCAGGUCGCUUUCUGGUGUACCGCCGUGACCAUCGCUGCCGGCCUGAUUGCCAUCUGCAGCCGAUGGGGUAGCUUGCUCACCUGGAUCUUCGCAGUCCUCUCCUCCAUCUUCACCUUCGGCGCCGUCCUCUCCAGCACCCUCCUUUUCGCCGCCCUCGUCGGCGCCCUCAAGAUCAUCUUGAACCCCUACGGUGUCGAAUUCGACCUCAACGGCCGCGCCCUCGCCCUGACCUGGCUCGCCGUCGUCUUCAUCUGGAUCGCGACGCUGUUCUGGAUGUUCAGCAUCUGCUGCUGCUCGGGCCGCAGCAACCCGCACCACCGCAGCAACAAGGGCGGCAUGUGGGUCGAGGACGACGAGCGCGCCGUCGCCGCCCGCUACCGCGGCACCGAGAAGCUCGGCUCCGGCUCCUACCAGCGCGUCGCCAGCCCCUAUCUCGGCAACGCCUCCAGCGAGCAUGUCCCGCUCCAGAGCUACCCGCAGCCCAUGGGCGGUGCCUCGCCGCAGCCCGCUCGCCAUUACGCCCAGCCUAAUUGGCAACCCACCCAUGCGGCGAACCCCAGCUAUGAGCCGUACCGAUCGCAUUAA